AUGUUCGAGCCACUCUGCGGCGCCAAUCAACAGGUUCAAUUCGUUGCUGGGAACCACUACAGCCACACGACACAAGCUUCAGGCCACGACGACAUGCUGGACGACGAGUCCAACGUGGCGCUUACGCGCUCGUCGCCCUCGCCGAAUCUCGUGCGCGCUCUCGCGCCUGUCGCUUGUGCGGCGACGGAAGAUACGCGGCAGGACUACGACCCGUUGGUCAUGGCCGUCGAGGCCGCAGCGACGAUCAAGACGAUCCGUGACGUGCUUAAUCCAACGCCCCACGACUCUGCACGAAGCUUUUUGUCCAUCGCGGAUGUGGCGCCACUGUCCAAGGUGUCGCUCGCCAAGGUGGGCACGCCCUCUACGGUCCGCUAUGUGCACGACGACACGGUGGAUGACGAUGCGACAGUGAGAGAGGAAGCAGACGGCGAUGUGACGACGAUGGACGACGGCGACGCCAGCACGAGGUCUGUGAUCAGAAUGAAGCCGAACACGCGUCUACCGGGCACAACGGCCGUGGGCGUCGUGUACCGGUACAAUGCGACGGAGGUGGAGGAAGAUGAGAUGGAGGAACUUCGCUGGACUAUCCAUCAGCAAGUGUUUCAGCGAUACUCUCAGCUCGAGCAAAAGUGCGACGAGUGGGGACAACUGGCAGAGCAAGAUACACGAGUGGUUUUCGUUCACGGUGUCAGACGGGAACGGAUUACGGCCGAAAAGAAGUUUCACGACAAUGCGGUUCGUGAUGCCGUGGGAAAAGCAAACGCUGCGUGGGUGGAGGAGCGGCGCAAUCGCGUUGACGAGGAAGUCCGUCAGUUUUAUCACGACGAAAUGCGGCACAGACAGGCGUUGACGCUGACACGUCUGGAAAAGAUGUCCCCAUUCUGUAAGUUUCCGAUCCUAGGCAAUCGAUUUUUGCCACUUCGUCUGCGAGGAAAGGGUGGACAUGGGGAAGUGUGGGACGUGGUGGAUUUUGCCGACAACAAGAAGCUCUGCGCGCUCAAGCUAUCGACUUCCAUUUGCCACGCCAAACGCGAGCACCACGUGCAUUCGAGACUCAAGCACCCGAAUAUUGUUCAAGUCGGCGAAGUGCCACUGCUCAUUCGCUACCAACAGCAGCAAUACACAGCGUUCACUGUAGCUAGUGUCCAUUCCGACUUGCAGCAGCUUAUUGAGAUACAUGAAUUCUUCGACGACGAUUCGGCAUACAAGGUGCUUUCUCAGCUUUUGAGUGCCCAGAGGUACCUGCACGAGGAUAUGGGCAUCGCUCACUACGACCUGAAGCCAUCGAACAUUUUGAUCGAUCAGGACGGGUGUGUGAAACUGACUGACUUCGACUUAGCCCGCGAUGCCAAAUCUACUACGUCAAAUUCUACAGUUGGCACUCUACGGUACCUCCCGCCCGAGUGUUUUCGUCCGAAACGAGGCGAUUGCGAAGCCACGGCUGAAAAAGCGGAUAUGUGGAUGGUAGGUAUCGUCUAUUGCAUGAUGAUUACUGGGAAACACCCGAUCUGUCCAGUCAAGCUAACCCCUGCGGAGUUCAAGUCAAUGAUGAGUCGGUACACUGGAGCGAUACAGUACGCUCGGCCAGUCUCCGAUCUGUCGAGGUGGAUUAUACAAGGAUGCCUUCAGCCCGACCCAAGGUGCCGACCCACGGCCGCGCAAUUGCUGGUGGCGCUACAGAACGUGAUGCUGCAGCAGUGCCCCACGCGUUAA